AUGCGAGUAAUCCACACUAACCAGGACAUGAAAGACGUUUGCCGUUCCGUGGAGCGCCCCGUGGGCUUGGUGCCCACCAUGGGAGCGUUGCACGAAGGGCACUUGGCUCUGGUGCGGCUGGCUAAGCAAGAGAACAGGACCUUGGCGGCGACCAUUUUCGUCAACCCCGCCCAGUUCGGUCCAGGGGAGGACUUGCAGAAGUACCCACGGGAUCUUGAAAAAGACUUGGAUCUGCUUCGCAACGAGGGGGCUGACUUGGUUUACGUCCCUGAUGUCGAGGAGGUCUACCCGCCCGGGUUCGACAGUUGGGUGGAGGUCGGCGGCUUGGGCGACAAGCUUGAAGGCGCUCACCGUCCCGGCCAUUUCCGCGGCGUCGCCACGGUGGUGGCCAAGCUUUUCAACCUGAUUCAACCUGACCGGGCUUACUUUGGCCAGAAGGAUGGGCAACAAACGGCCAUAGUGCGAAAGAUGGUCAAGGACUUGGACUUCAGGGUGGACGUCGUGGUGGUCCCCACAGUAAGGAACUCUGACGGGUUGGCCCUGAGCAGCCGGAACGUUUAUCUGACUCAGGAGCAGAGGCGUGCCGCCCCCGUCAUAUACCGUGCGUUGUGCGCCUCGAGUCGCCUGUGGGGCGACGGUGGCAGGAAUGGAGACAGGCUCCGGGCCGAAGUCUUGGCAACCUUGCGACAGGAACCGGUCCUGGACGGCAUAGAUUACGUCAGCGUAGCCGACGCCGAAACCCUGGAAGAGCUGGAGCAGGUCCAAGGCCGGGCGAUGGUGUCGGUCGCCGUCAGGUUGGGCAACACCCGGCUGAUAGACAACGUCAUUCUUGAUUGA